AACGAACAGAUCAUCGAAAUAUCCUCUCCACUGUUUCUUUUCUCCUCUUCUUCUUCUUCACCUUCAAUUUGUGUCGCUUGGAACCCUAGAUGGCUAUGGAAGAAGAAUCUUCAGUUUCUGUAGAUUCUCACACUUCAUCUUCUGCAUCUCUCGCUUACAAUAUCGAUUCCUCUUCUUCUAAUACAAGCAAACUUAACGCUCAAGCUCCUGCUUUCCUUCCUAGAACAUCUUCUGGACGUGUCUAUGCUACUCGUGCUGCUCCGCUUCAUCAGAUCACAACUCAUAUUGCCAUACAGAAUCAGUUCCUUUAUGCCCCUCAAUUGUCACUACAGUCUCCUCAGUCGCCUUACUAUGGCGGUGGUGGUGUUGCUAGAAGAUUUAUUGAUCAAGAGGUUGCUGCCGCUACUACUGCUGAUGCCGAUAUUUCAGUUAAGAAUGGUGGGUUAACUGAAGAAGCUGCUCAGAAAAUCGUUAAUCAGGUUGUGCUGAGACCAUAUUUACAAGUGAAAAAGAAGAACAAGCUGUUUCAUCAGCCUAACAAAAAACAAGGGUGUCUAUCAUUGAAGCAGUAUCUUCAUGUAUCUCUGGUGGAGUUCUAUUUCAGCGAUCUAAAUUUGGCAACGACCGAAAAUUUGAUAAGGCAUAUGAUCAAGGAUCCAGAGGGGUAUGUACCAAUAUCAGUGGUUGCAUCAUUCAAGAAGAUUAAAGCUCUAAUAGGUAGUCAUGCUCAGCUUGCCGAAGUUCUACGCAGCUCAAUAAAUCUUGUUGUUAGUGAAGAUGGAAAGAAAGUUAAACGGAAAAAUCCUCUGACUGAAGCUGCCCUAGAGGAGUUGCAGUCUCGCAUAGUGGUUGCUGAGAAUUUGCCUGAGGACCACUGCCACCAGAACCUCAUGAAGAUUUUUUCAGCAGUUGGAAGGGUAAAAAUGAUUCGGACCUGCCACCCUCAGCCUUCAAAUGGUGGGGCUUCUUCAGCAUCUAGAUCAGCAAAAUCAGACAGCACGAUGUACAGUAACAAGUUGCAUGCAUUUGUGGAGUACGACGCUGUAGAAUUGGCUGAGAAGGCGGUUCUUGAGCUAAAUGACGUGGAUAACUGGCGAAAUGGUCUAAAAGUCCAUCUGCUGCUUAGGCGCGCAGCCAAAUCUGGUCAAGCCCGAGUGAAGAAGGUUGGUCAUGAAAGUGAUCCAAACUCCAAAGAAGAUGAUGAUGUUGCAUUGGAACUCAAUGAGAAACAUGAUGGAGACUCCUCUCACCAUGUUGACGUGCAGUCCAAUGACGUUGCAGAGGAGCAUGGCCGCGUUGGGAAGAAGAAAGGGAACAAUCGUGGUCGGGGUAAGGUACAGGGACAAGGACCAGGACAGACGAGGGGUCGAGGACGUGAAACUCCCCAGUUUCGACAAACCAAUCGUGGAGGGCGUAAUGGGGGUUCUGUAACAAAAGUGAAUACUGGAAGUAGUGUGGCUAGUGCCCCCUCGAGUACUGGUGGUGUUAAUGUAACAGGCCAGCCUGCAGUAGUUACUGACCAGUCAGGUGGCAAGCAAUCUUCUGUGCCUCGCAUGCCAGAUGGCACGAAGGGAUUCUCCAUGGGUCGAGGGAAACCAGUAGCUGUAAGAACUGAGUGAUGAUGUUCUAGUUUCGCGGAACUGGUCUCUGUUCAUGCAAACAUUUCCCAAGUAUAGAGAGGGCAAUGUUUCUUCUUUCUUUGCAAUAUUGAUGGCAGAGUUUUGAAGACUGCCGUCAAAUCAGUGAAGAUGAUACAUCUAUCGAUUUAGCAGCAAGAGUCAAGACUCCAGAAGUUAUAUGUUGUUUGUUGUUAAACCAAAAGAGCCACUCUUAAGUCCGUGACACUGUGCUGUGAUUUAGUUUUGGAAAACUGAACCUAAAAUUAACAUAAAGCAAUACAAAAUUGAUAAAAGGUUAUUUCAGUCUUGA